AUGUCAAGCUUGAGAGAUGAUAUUCGCGAAGGAUAUCGUUCUUUUAAUUACGAAUCACAAAAUAAUGAAUUUAAAUAUAAUUCGAACAAAUUGGAAACGAAUCAAGGUGCUCAGAUACCUGAAGACCAUAUAAUGAUUUAUUUCAUUUUCUUUUUACAAGGAAUCAUGAUUCUUUUAGGAUGGAAUGUAUUCACAAUCGCUUCGGUAUAUUUUCAUGCUAAAUUUAUUGGAACUCCAUUUGUCGACGACUUUCAAAAUUACUUUUCAAUAAGUUACAUGUUUCCACACUUAUUAUUUCUCGGAUAUGCCAUAUAUUCUCAAAAAUCCGCAAAUAUGUCUCGUCGGAUAGCCAUUUCGCUUUUUUCAUUUACCACGAUUUUUAUGACGAUCGCGAUAACUACACAAGUUAAAUUGUUUACACCAGAUGGCUAUUUUUACUUUAUUAUUCUUUUAAUGUUUUUGUCUGGAGCUUUUACUGCUUAUCUACAAAAUGGAAUCUUUGCAGUCGUUUCGCAAUUUUCUCCAGUUGGCCAAGGUUUAGCCGGAGUAAUAGUAGCAGCUUUUGAAAUUGUAAGCGCAUUAGCAAUAGAAAACAAACAGAUAUCAACAGAAGCAGACUUAUCACAAAUGGCACUU